GAGGGGGAGUGGGAGUGGCAAUGUGAUGUGAGGGAGCAUCGAGAUCUGUGUGGAUUUGGGUUGCCGUAGGCUUGACGGAGAAGCUUCCUCUCUGUGUUUUCAUUUUUUCAGCUUUAACUGAAAGCAGUGAAAAUGAAGACUCCCAAGUUCUCCGAAUCCUAAGCCUUUUACUCACUUUCUCUAAGCUCUCUCUCUCUCUCUCAACUCUCAACUACUACUUCUACUACGCAUUUGGACUCAUAAAUGACGUUGAUGCUCUGACCUACUCCAUUUAUAGGGCCUCCGCAUUCUUGAUUUCAGUGGCACUAGCUUCUGCUAUCAGAGAGACUUUGAGCUGUAAUGGAUGGUCCUGAAAGGAGUAGUCGAUGCUGAGACUCAAUCCUUCAAAUAUAACUCUGUUGACAGGAGCCAAAUUGAACAUCAAAUGGUUUAAACACCCCCUCUGCUCCAUAGCUGCACAAGAAAUAAGUUGUGUCUUCUGGAGCUAUUUUAAUUUGUGCUUCUAUAGUCCUCGCAUAUCCCACUUGUUUGACUUGGAUGGAGCAGAGGCGAGAACAGUGCCACUGCUCUUAUUUUUCUCCAGUGAUUGAAGGGGGGAAUAUGAUCUGUUAGUAAUGUUCAGUGGUCUUUGUUACAAUAACAGGGGCCAGGAAGAAUUGCUGAAAUCUCACUUCCAAAAUCAACUCCAUAGUCUCCAUAACAGACGAUUCUCUAUGAAGCUACACUCUUUUGCAGCAUUACUUUUUUCCGUACUAUUGUUUCUCCAUCAAACUAUUGCUGAUCUGGAGUCAGACAAACAAGCACUCCUUGAGUUUGCCUCUGUUGUCCCUCAUGUUCGCACAAUCAACUGGAGUCCGGCUACUGCAAUCUGCAUCUCUUGGGUUGGCAUCAAAUGCGAUGGUAACCGUGUAGUUGCCCUCCGGCUACCUGGUGUUGGCCUCUAUGGUCCCAUUCCAGCCAACACACUUGGGAAGCUGGAUGCUCUUAAGACCCUCAGCCUCCGUUCCAACCACCUCAAUGGGAAUCUUCCAUCUGAUGUUCUGUCCCUCCCUUCUCUGCAGUACAUGUACCUCCAACAUAACAAUUUUUCAGGUAAUAUUCCUUCCUCUCUCCCACCCCUGCUCAUCUUGCUUGAUAUCUCCUUCAAUUCCAUUGUGGGCAACAUUCCAGCCACAAUUCAGAACUUAACGCAUCUCACUGGAUUAAACCUCCAAAACAAUUCCCUAACUGGGCCCAUCCCUGUUAUCAACCUCCCAAGGCUUAACCAUGUGAAUUUGAGCUAUAACGACCUUAACGGUUCAAUUCCAUAUUUCUUCCACAAGUUCCCUGCUUCCUCUUUUGAAGGGAACUCUCUGUUAUGUGGACAGCCACUAAACCAUUGCUCUUCAGUCACUCCCUCGCCUUCUCCUUCCCCAUCUUCCAUACCAUCCCCAGCAACAGUUUCUCCAGAGCCAAGAGAUAGCAACAAGAAGAAACUAAGCAUAGGGGCUAUUAUUGCCAUUGCAAUUGGGGGUUCUGCAGUGUUGUGUCUCCUAUUUGUGGCGAUACUGCUAUGCUGUCUGAAGAAAAAAGAUGGUGAAGGUACUGUCUUACAGAAAGGAAAGUCCCUGAGCAGUGGAAAGAGUGAAAAGCCUAAGGAGGACUUUGGGAGUGGGGUGCAAGAGCCCGAGAAGAACAAGUUAGCUUUCUUCGAAGGCUCCUCCUAUAAUUUUGAUCUUGAGGAUUUGUUGAGGGCCUCUGCAGAAGUACUGGGAAAGGGAAGCUAUGGGACGGCCUACAAGGCCAUCUUGGAGGAGGGAACAAUUGUGGUUGUGAAGAGGUUGAAAGAAGUGGCAGCGGGCAAAAGAGAGUUUGAACAACACAUGGAGAUUGUGGGGAGGGUCAGUUGCCACCCAAAUGUCGUGCCUCUUCGUGCUUACUACUACUCAAAGGAUGAGAAGCUCCUGGUUUAUGACUACAUAACGAGCGGCAGCUUGUUUGCACUAUUGCAUGGGAACAGGGAUCCUGAGAAAACACCGCUGAACUGGGAAUCCAGAGUAAAGAUUGCCCUUGGAACUGCAAAGGGUAUUGUUCAUAUCCACUCUGCCAAUGGUGGGAAAUUCACCCAUGGCAAUGUCAAGUCCUCCAAUGUCCUCCUCACCCAAGACCUUGAUGGCCAAAUCUCAGAUUUUGGCCUGACACCUCUGAUGAACUACCCUUUGGUCACAUCUAGAAGCCUUGGUUACCGAGCUCCUGAGGUGAUUGAAACUCGGAAAUCUACUCAAAAGUCCGAUGUUUACAGUUAUGGUGUGCUCCUCCUUGAGAUGCUUACAGGCAAAGCACCAGUACAGUCACCUGGGCGUGAUGAUGUGGUUGAUCUCCCAAGAUGGGUCCAGUCUGUUGUUCGAGAGGAAUGGACGGCUGAGGUGUUUGAUGUAGAGCUGAUGAAGGAUCAAAGUUAUGAAGAAGAGAUGGUGCAAAUGCUUCAGAUCGCAAUGGCCUGUGUAGCAAAGAUGCCAGACAUGAGGCCUAAGAUGGAGGAAGUUGUUAGGCUGAUGGAAGAAAUCCGGCCAUCAGACUCAGAAAACCGGCCAUCCUCCGACAACCAAUCCAAGGGCUCCACCGCACAAACCCCAUGAUGGAUUUAGCCUAGCUGCCCCAACUUCUCAUUCCAUUCCUUAAAUCUCAUUCAGGCUGUGCAGAAUGUGUUCAAUUGUGCAAUUUCCUUUUAGGGUUUUAGCGUGUCACCAAAUUUAACUGUAUCAUUUUUUUCCCCUUCCCAUGAUUGUUGUAACAAAGAUGUUUGUGAACCGUUCUGACUUGAUUAAUGUUUGGUGUUGGUGUUUCCAAACUAUUAAGUAAAUGCAUUCAUGAUUUUCUAAA